GCCCUGUGGAAACCAGCUAAGCAAACCAUCUUAAGCUCUUCCUCAGCCUCAGCUGUUUUUAUUUUUAUACAAAAUUACUGCCAUGAGUAUCUCAUUACAAUUAGCUUGAUUGAAUUAUUUUGAAACCCUAAUCAUAAGAACUGCAUCUGGAAUGAUCAGAUACAUUUCCUAACUACAUUCACAGGACAGGUUUACAGUAAUUUUGAGGCACAGCAGAGCCGAACUGCCCGGCUGGACUGAGACAGGGUAACGCGUGAACAAUGUGGGCGGAGCAUAAUUCUCCGUGGUGACCAAUCAGAACGCUCCCUUUCUAGAAGCAAAGACCCGACUACUUGAAUGUGUGAGGAAAAAAAAAACUGACCAGUUCUAAAGAAUGCUCUCUACCACGAUGGACGUGGGAACAUUACUUAGCCGCUCGUUACUGCUGACUUUACUCGUAUUCACGGUGACCCAGGAGGCACGAGGAUUCCUGUGUUAUUGUGAGCGAUGUGUAAAUCGGACUUGCAGCACAACUGGCCUGUGUUUUGCUUUCAUUACAAAGUCUGCCGGACUGAUCGUGACACAGGAGGGUCAGUGCAUUCACCAGGAUGAACUUUACCCACCGGACAGGCCUUUCCAGUGCGCCCCCUCCAACAACGGAAAGCAUCCGUACUGCUGCAACACACACAUGUGCAACAGGAACCCAAAAGUCAUCCCAGAGUUGCCUGACACUGAGCCCCAGUCUCUGAGUCCCGUAGCUUUGGCCGCAGUGAUUGCUUCCCCGAUCUGCAUAUUGAGCUUUGUGCUGGUGCUGAUCUUCUACAUGUGCCAUAAUCGCUCCAUCAUCCACCAUCGUGUGCCAAAUGAGGAAGACCCCACUAUGGACCACCCAUUCCUCGCUGACGGCACCACGCUGAAAGACCUUAUCUAUGACAUGACCACUUCUGGAUCCGGCUCAGGCUUGCCACUGCUAGUGCAGAGGACUAUUGCCAGGACCAUCAUCCUCCAGGAGAGCAUAGGGAAGGGUCGUUUUGGAGAGGUGUGGAGGGGCCGCUGGAGUGGAGAGGAGGUGGCAGUAAAGAUCUUCUCCUCCAGAGAGGAGCGUUCUUGGUUCCGUGAGGCCGAGAUCUACCAGACUGUCAUGCUUCGUCAUGAGAACAUCCUGGGCUUUAUUGCUGCGGACAACAAAGAUAACGGCACAUGGACUCAGCUGUGGUUGGUUUCUGAUUACCAUGAGCACGGCUCGCUCUUUGACUACCUGAACAGGUACACGGUCACAGUGGAGGGCAUGAUCAAGCUGUCUCUCUCCACCGCCAGUGGUCUGGCUCAUCUGCAUAUGGAGAUUGUGGGCACUCGAGGUAAGCCUGCAAUUGCCCAUCGUGAUGUGAAAUCCAAAAACAUCUUAGUGAAGAGGAAUGGUACCUGCUGCAUCGCUGACCUUGGAUUGGCCGUGCGGCACGACUCAGCCACAGACACCAUUGAUAUUGCACCCAACCACAGAGUGGGCACUAAAAGGUAUAUGGCCCCUGAAGUGCUGGAUGACUCUAUUAACAUGAAGCACUUUGAGUCUUUUAAAAGGGCAGACAUCUAUGCCUUGGGUCUGGUGUUUUGGGAAAUUGCUCGCAGGUGUUCUAUUGGAGGCAUCCAUGAGGACUACCAGCUCCCCUACUAUGACCUUGUACCAUCUGAUCCGUCAAUAGAGGACAUGAAGCGGGUAGUGUGUGACCAAAAGCUCCGUGCCAACAUCCCUAACAGGUGGCAGAGCUGCGAAGCCCUGCGUGUGAUGGCAAAGGUCAUGAGGGAAUGCUGGUACGCCAACGGAGGUGCUCGUCUCACCGCGCUGCGUGUGAAGAAGUCUGUAUCCCAGCUCAGUCAACAAGAGGGCAUCAAGAUCUAGAGCAAACCUCUCUUCAUCUUUACACUGCCUAUCCACUCCCUCCACUCAUCUAGAGAGGACAGCGAGGGACGUACAUCCGGUGUGGAGGUUUACUUCAAUCAGGGAUAUCGAGAGACCAGAAGCGAUUGGUGCUGUUCCCUGUAGACAUCCUCAUCAUGCAAGACCACCUCAGACAAACUUUACCAGCCUUGCUUCAUCUGGUGAGUCACCAAACAGCUAACCACAGAUGGCCAUUCGGUGUCAAUGAUGUGCUUUGCAAGCUGGACUUGAGUCUUUUUGGGCUUAUUUCUGUAUAGCCUGAGUCGACUUGCUUGUGUAUAUUUGUAUGCUCAUAUUCACGUAUAGAUGUACACUGAAACAAAAACACGACUUCACCGCACUCUCUUUCCAGAGACCGGGAGCAAGCGAGAGCAGCGCAUUCAAUCAUGCAGCAUAUUAGAAGCAGCCCACGGAGCUGCCUGAAGGGAGCAGUCCUUAAAGAAUCAGCAUGAAAACUGGGUUAGUCAUUAAGAGCCAUUUGUACAAAGGCCAACUUAGCUACAGAACAUCUGCGUUAAUGUAAUAAGGAUGUGUAUGCUUUGAUACACAUUUGAACGGAGGGGAGAUCUGAUUAUAUUUUGCUUCAGUACAUAAUUUACAGUUUCCGUUCAUGCACCUCGAGGCUUUAAGAGAACAUGGACACAUGUAGCUCGGAAAGAUGGUAACUAUGACCUAUGUAUUGUAUUUUGCACUGUCCAUAUAGUCUGAGCAUGUUCUUCUGGUUGAGUUAUCCAGUCUUACUAGUUUUGCUGUACGUGCUGUUUUUAUGGAGCUGGAUUUAUUCAGAUCAGUACAAGACGUCAUUUUGAUUGUGACCCCAUGCGUAUAGUUGAGCAACAGUCUUUGAGCUGCAAUGUACUGUAUCCCGUGGAUGUGUAACUCUGUAUUUGGUCAAGCUAAGCAGCAAUAAGUGCUCCUUUGAUUAUUGUUUUUUUUGUAUUUCAUAGCUGGAGGCUAACUGCGCCUAGAGUCAAUGAAUGUGCUUUAUGUCCCUUAUCAAACUCUUUCUGUGAUCUCAAAACUUUUUUAGACCGUCUAUAGACAUUUUGAAGAAAUCUGUCUUUAUUUGGACAGCCGAAAAUGGGGUGUUUUUUUACAGUCAAGUCAGGUGGAAAUCGCUGGAAAUCACUCUUUGAACCAGGCUACUUUAAAGGAAUAGUUCGCCAAAAAAUGACGAAUAUCGUCAUCAAUUCCUCACUUUCAUGUCAUUUCAAACUAAUGAGACUUUCGUUUGUCAUUUUUAAUGAAAUCUGAGAGAUUACAGUCCAUCCUUUGAAAGUCUAUGUAACCAAAAUGUUGACACUUUAAUAAGUUCAUAAAGAGUUCCUAAAAUGUCUAUGAACUUCAUUUUAAAUAUCCUCAUUUGUGUUUCAAAGAUGAACAAAAGUCAUACAGGUUUGGAAUGAGUAACUGAUGACAGAAUUUUCAUUUUUGUUAUAAACUCAUGCCAAAAAUCACCAGCAGCCUUCAGUACGUUCCAGUCAAACAAUGAAGCAAAUGUCUAGGUUUCUCUAGGUAUCCACAACCUCACCGGAUCAGAUAUUGUCUUAAGAUUUUAUUUUUUUCAUUUGAUGUCAUUUACUCUAUCUAAAGAGUCAGUGUACAUAUUUUUUACAUAUAUAUAUAUAAAAAGGAAACAAGACUACACGGUCACUUUGGUGUCAUGUUGAACAUUCAGUAUUUUCGAUCUGAGCUUAAAAAGGUCACACUACAAUAGCGCCACACUGUUCUGCAACCCACAUUGGCAUUAACUCGAUGAAUCAAUGUGUUCCUGCUCAAAAGGGCAGGAAAUGAUGUGGGAUGCAGCCAGGAACACUUACACUAUGAUAUGCAAUCUCACUGUGUUCUCCAGCGCAUGAUGCAAAACAAGUGCCUCGAUUUUAUAAAGAUUGUGCUUUCUGCAAAGUCACGAAUUAUUGGUAUUUCCAGCCCCUGAAAUCCAGAAUGGAUCUGUAUUCGUAACUAUUUGAAGGUCAUACCUCUGUUCAUCUUUGUUCAUUCCAAGGUUAUUGUUUUGCUAUUCAGAUUCAUUUUCCUUUAUAUAUUAGUCAUUCCAGAAGCCUUUUUUAUAAUGAGUGCCUACUGUGGUUGGUGUAAAAGUAAUUUGUAUGGGUUUCUGGUCACACUGAAGCUUCUUUAAAAAGCUGAACCAACACUACAGUGCAAAACUCAAAAACAAUUCAUCUCAAAAGCAUACCUCUUUGGACAAUGUAAUAAUUUACCUCAGUGUACAUAAAGGUUUGUUCAUUUAAAUUAAAUUGAUUUGUACAAAGUACUUUCAUUGUAAAAUGUUUUUAUGUUUUGUUUGUGUCUUUCAAGGAAUUGUCAAUAAUGUAUUCCAGUGCUCUCCCUGAUAUUUGAAACACUCGGCAAUCUCUGCAAAUGAGAAAGACUUUUCUUCUACAGUGUCACUUUGUCAUUUAGAGUAGUGUUCACAGAUCAGAUUGAGAUGAAUCACUGUAAACGAAUGAGAAGAUAUGCGGAUAUGUCUUUUUUCGGUUGUUAAACUUAUAAAUAUGAAAUUCAUGUUAAUAAAUAGGUACUUAUUUUA